AUGAGAGCAGAACAAGGAGACCCGUUGGCUGUCGGUCUGCAGUUGGAGGCCGCGCUGGAGAACCAAGUGAAGACAGAAGACUCGCAAGACGUGGUCGGCCCCAAAGCGGUGGCCGUGGACCUGUCUGCCGCCCAGGCUGGGAGCAGUAGAGGAUGCUGGGAAAGAAACGGAGCAGCGGUUGUCCUGAGCGAGGAGGAUGCAAUCCCCUUAGACGCGCCUCUGCACCAGAUGCUGAAUUCGACUUGGCCCACGAAGGAACAACCCCUAGCUGAAGAAAUGCAGAGCUUCGUGGCGAGGUUGAGUGACGGAGAGGCUUGUAUCCCAACCGCUGGCCUGGCCAAAGAUUUCCUCAUGAAGAAGCAAGAAGAAGAUGAUCAGGUGAGCGAGUUGCAUCCUGGUAUUUUUCCAAGUGAUUAUCUGGUGCCGCAGGUGGGUGACAAGUAGUGCAUUCUUUCUUUAAAAAAAUGUUUAGGGGUACUCUCAUUUUGACUCAAGAAAACCACCAUUUUAUAGUUCAAAUUGGGAAAAAUAAAUACAGUCAAUGGACAAAAGGCCACCAUCAGGGGUAGCAAUGGAACUGGCGAUUCACUGUGCUAGAGAAGAAACUUAAAAAAAUAAUAAUAGUUUAUUCUCCCGUUAGAUUCACAAAAUGUUUAGGGGUAUGUGUACCCCUGCGUCCUCCCAGAAAAAAAGCACUGGUAACAAGUAGAUAAAUAGGUACCGCUCUGGCGGGAAAGUAAAUGGCGUUUCUGUGUGCUGCUCUGGUUCACCAGAACCGGUUUAGUCAUGCUGGCCACAUGACCCGGAAGCUGUACGCCGGCUCCCUCGGCCAGUAAAGCAAGAUGAGUGCUGCAACCCCAGAGUCGGCCACGACUGGACCUAAUGGUCAGGGGUCCCUUUACCUUUACCUUUAACAGGUAUGCUGGUCAUCUUAGUCGGGCGAUUCUCAAAUGUUUCACUGUGGCAGGAGUCUCCACUGUUAAGCAAAACAGUGUAAAACAGCAGUCAAAUAUUUUAAAAUGAUUUUCUGAAAGUGCUUAAUACUGCUAAUGGUACCAAAUGAAGUAAGGCUGAUUUAAAAAAAAACUUUUAUUUUUAGAUCAAUUUUGUUCUGAAUUUAACAAUAUUACAAACCACUGGUUUAGGGUGAACAAUUAAUGAAAGUGGUGGGAAGGAAGAGAAUUGAUUACUGGGAAGCCAGCAAGGAAGAGCCAGCCCAGGGCAGCAAUGUUUGAAAGCAGAAAACCUAAGGCUUUGAGAAAGUUUGUUGCCAGUUUCCUGAUCUCGCAAUCCUUUGCGUUACUUUGGGUGGUGCCACAGAGAAGGCCCUGCAUGCCCAAUAUCUGGCAGUUGUUUCAGGAGCAGGGCCCCCGUUGGAAGACUGGAGUGGACCGGUCAGGCUUAUGCGUGAAGAGCUGGCCCCUUUUAUUUUCCUGACUUAGAGGGGGGGGGUCCCCUCUCUUUGUUUUUGGUUUUUUUUUUCAAUUCAUAUUGGUUUUUAUUAAAUCUGCAUACAGAACAUUGAUGCCCUCUCUUUGUUCUGUGUACAGGUGGCAUUCAUGGACGUGGCUGCUGACUCGUCCCAGGCAGGAGCUCCAUCAGACAUUUUGCAGAGGCCCCUGUUCAGAGUGAUGGCGCAGGAAAAUGAUGGCGACACAGAUUUUCUUGGUAAGAAUUUCUGGUGCUUGAAGGUCCCUGGAUCACCUAUAUACAGUGGUGCCUCGCAAGACGAAAUUAAUCCGUUCCGCGAGUCUCUUCGUCUUGUGGUUUUUUCGUCUUGCGAAGCACGGCUAUUAGCAGCUAUUAGCGGCUUAGCGGCUAUUAACGGCUUAGCGGCUUUAAGAAAAAGGAAACAAACUCGCAAGAACUCCCAAGACGUUUCGUCUUGCGAAGCAAGCCCAUAGGGAAAUUCGUCUUGCGGAACGACUCAAAAAACGGAAAACCCUUUCGUCUAGCUAGUUUUUCGUCUUGCGAGGCAUUCGUCUUGCAGGGCACCACUGUAUUUUGGAAGGUUGGACCAACUUUCCCAAAAUGUAUUCUUUCUAUCGCUUGAGGCUCCUACUCUUAAUAAGAUGUUAAUUUAGCCAUCAUAGCAAAGUAACAUCAUUUAUAGCUCCUUGUCUUGCUCUUUUGUGGAAUUCAAUAUACGAUUCAGCAGCAACAAUAUAAGGGUUUUGUUACAUUUAUCUUUACCUUACCCUGUAAUUCAAGAGUCUAGUCACUAUUUAAAAAACCUUGAACCUGUAACAGUGAAUCAAAAAACUGCGGUUAACAUUUGUACCGCAGACCAGAAUGUUUUUCCAAUUCUCAUUUGAUGGGUGAGUGUUAACAGUUGUCCUUGCAACCCAAACUUUUUAGUUAUCCUUACUUCUGGAAGCCUUCCAGUUCAAGCACGAUGGACUGGAAAGCGAUACCUUCCUUUGUUCUUUUAAUGGAGAAUCCUUAACGAAACAUUGAGCAUUAGCACAGUGGAGAGAGACCGUGUGUUAAUCCAGAAGAGUAAGCCUAGUUUUGUCAUUGGGAUCAUCCCAGCCAUUUUGUUCUGGUAAAAUGAGCAAUUAAUUAUUGCUUUGAGUGCCACACCUCAUUCCAGGUGAAAGAUAUAGUUUAGUGAUUGAAUUAGAAUAAAUGGAGUAUGUUGUUACGUGGUGUACGUAAGAAUACGUUUUUAUGUUGUGAACCGUCCCAUGAUCUUCGGAUGAAGGGUGGUACGCAAAUUAUUAUUAUUUGAUUACAUUUUAUUAAGUUACAGUGUUUUUAACAUACACAGUCAAAACAAAAUUUCAUCUUUUCUCUUACUUUUAUCAACUUCUCACCCCAUUUUCCAUGUUCUUGCUCCUCCCCUUUUGCCCUUUAUCGUCUAUCUAUUAAAUCAUAACUACAGUAUAAUAAUCUAAUUACUUCUGUAGCUCAUAGCUCAAAUCCUGCUCACAAGUUCAUCAUACUAUAAUAUUUCUUUAUAAUAGUCUGAAAAGGCAUCCGUUCUUCCUUAAAACAGCAUUAGAUUCUCUAAAUUUGGCCAGUUCUGUAUAGUCUAUUAUCCUACAAAUUGAAUAAAUAAUUCUAACAAUUUUUGUGCACUCAAAACAGGUUCGCAGCUUAUCAAAGUAUGUUUUGUCUUUCUUUCUUUCUUUCUUUCUUUCUUUCUUUCUUUCUUUCUUUCUUCUUUACAUCUCUCAACACAUUUUAGAGUUAUUUCUUAUCUAGCACACCAAUAAUGACAGGAGUCGAGUGCCACGUUUUAAAUGUGUUGAGAGGGUAACUGCCUUGUCAUCGUGUUGUCUGCUUUGCAGGUGGAGAGCUGUUUGCUGAAAUAAGUCAUGGCUCAUCUUCAUUUUGUGCUGGGAUAGAAACAGAUGCUAUGGAUUCCGAUCAGGUAAGGCAAAGACCCUCAAAGGGACUUCCUUUUGUUACACACACACACCCUGGAGGUCCACAUUUGGCCCUUGAGUCUUAGGCUCCCUCAGUGCUUUAUUCUGGGGGGAUGCAGGGGAGAAGAAACCAAAAAAAUUAAAGUUUUUAGUUUUUUCUCUAGCACGGUGAAUCGUCAGUUCCGCUGCUACGCCUGAUGGCGGCUUCAUUUCCUUUCCCGGUGUUUCCUAAGUCUCAGACGGAAGCGGGCGUUUAAUGUGUGAAGCAAUGUAGAAUGUGGAUGUGUGGUGUUUUACUGAUGAAAGUUUGGCCUCGUUGAGGGGCAGUAUUUCAAUAUGAGUAAUGCAUGUUCUUUGUCCAUUUACUGUCUUUAUUUCCCCCCCGAUUUGAACUAUAAAAUGGUGAUUUUCUUGAGUCAAAAUGAGACAACCCGUAAACAUUUUUUUAAAAGAAAAAAUAGCAUUUGAAUGAUAAUAGUAGUAAUAAAAUAAAAUUAAUAUAAGGGGGGGGGGGGGAGAAAAAAUAGCGCUGGGUUCUCCAAUCCUGGGAUACAGGGAAGUGGAAAGUUUUCCACCUUGCGUGGGACUCUUUGUGAGAAUGACUUCCCGCCAUCCCCACUUCCUUCCAGGGGCCUGUGACCUUUGAGGAAGUGGCUGUGCAUUUCACGGAGGGGGAGUGGGGCCUGCUGGACCCAGACCAGAGAGCCCUCUACAGGGACGUCAUGGUGGAGAACUAUGGGAACGUCGCCUCUCUGGGUAAGGAUCCCUUCGCUCUUUGGUGGAGGGACACUGAGGAAGGACUUGCAGCCCCUGUGGCAGAGAAUCGGGCCUUGCAUGCAGAAGGUCCCAGGUUCAGUUCUGGGCUGCGAAUGUUCCCUGCCUGAAACCCUUAAAGGCUGCUGCCAGUCAAUGUAGGCGGUGUUGAAACAGGUGGACCAGUGGUCUGGCUUGGGACAAAGCAUCUUCUUAUAAUUCUAUCACGUCUCUGGGUGAAGUCAUCUCAAAUAUGUCAGCUGGAUAGCUCAGUUGGUUAGAGCUGAGAGCCAGUGUGGUGUAGUGGUUAAGAGCGAUAGACUCGUAAUCUGGGGAACUGGGUUCGAUUCCCCGCUCCUCCACAUGCAGCUGCUGGGUGACCUUGGGCUAGUCACACUUCUCUGAAGUCUCUCAGCCUCACUCACCUCACAGAGGGUUUGUUGUGGGGAGGAAGGGAAAGGAGAAUGUUAGCCGCUUUGAGACUCCUUCGGGUAGUGAUAAAGCGGGAUAUCAAAUCCAAACUCUUCUUCUUCUUCUUCGAUCCCCGUAUGGGACAGCUGCAUAUUCCUGCAUUGUAAGGGGGUUGAAUUAGAUGAUCCCCAGGGUCCCUUCCAACUCUGAUUCUAUUUUGAGCCAUUCUUUAUUGAGACAUAGGGAUGCAGAUGGCGCUGUGGGUUAAACCACAGAGCCUAGGGUUUGCCGAUCAGAAGGUUGGCGGUUCGAAUCCCCGUGACGGGGUGAGCUCCUGUUGCUCCUGCCAACCUAGCAGUUUGAAAGCACAUCAAAGUGCAAGUAGAUCAAUAGGUACUGCUCCAGUGGGAAGGUAAACGGUGUUUCCGUGCGCUGCUCUGGUUUGCCAUGCUGGCCACAUGACCCAGAAGCUGUACGCCGGCUCCCUCGGCCAAUAAAGCAAGAUGAGCACCGCAACCCCAGAGUCGGCCACGACUUGGACCUAAUGGUCAGGGGUCCCUUUACCUUUAUGUUGAGACAUAAGGAAGGGCCACAGCUCACUGGUAGAGGCAGGCAGGACAUCCCAGCUUCAAUCCCCAAUAUCUUGAGAGGCGUCCAAGCCUACAGAGGACAGAUGAACAGACCACUUUCUAAAAUAAGUAGCAGAUAAUUGCUAACAGCCAUUGACCGAUCUCUCUAACCCUCAAGGUGAGGAACUUCCUGGCCUGCAGAACCUGCAAGACCCUAAACUCCCAUCUUCCCUGAUUGCUGCCCAUGCUGGCUGCAGUGCGGAUGGGAACUGGAGUCCAAGAAAAUCUGAAAGCCUGCAGCAGAUUCCCCUUCAGUCCCUCAGUUAGAAGAUCUUGCCUUCCCAAAUAUUGUGCUGGAGUGGCAGUGGCCAGGGUAGUUUCAGAGUGGCUGGUUUGAAGUUCCUCAAGAAAGCCAGAAAUAAUAGCUUUGGUGUGUGUGAUGGGCUUUUUUCAUUCUUCUCCAGAAGGACCUCCGGUUCCUAAACCUGAUCUCAUCUCCUGGUUGGAAGAAAAAGAAGAGAUAUUUGACCAGAACUCUGAAGAAGGAGAACAACCAACAGGUAGAUUCUUAAUUGCAGCAUUUGGGACCUUUUAGGGGGGCAGGCGGGGCUUGUCAACCUGGGAAGGUAGCCCAUCUAGGAGAAGGAAACUCUGAUCCUCCCUGGUUUUUGCUGCCAAGGAUUGACUUAGCAUGUCUUCCAAACCCGGGGCUCGUGAUUAAGCUCCUUCCCUUGGUCAUAGUUCAUGGUUACUGAGGAACAAGGUUAUGUCCUUAGGUAGGAGAGAGCUUUACCACGAGGCCCAGUUUGGAGGCCACGCUGAGCCAAACCAUGGCUGAGCUCUGGACAGCAAACGCAGCUAGAAGGAGCAAAGCAAAAAGCAGCUGUGAGGUCCUUUUCAGGAGCUUCUCCAAGCCAAGUUUUGGCCUGGCCUGUUGUGUGAACCAGGCCACCGUCUGAUUCGUGAGGCAUCUCCCCAGGGUUUGGGGGGGAAAUCUCGUGGUUUAAGGUGCCAUUUUCCCCUUACGAUCUUCUUGGUCUCCUAUUUCAGUGGCCGAUCUCUGGGGGAGCGAACACAGCGGGGGACCGGCUGAAGUGGCUCCGAAAGAGAGCGAGAUGGAGGAGCCGAAGGAAAACGUUGGCAAUGGAAGAGAAGCCGAGACGCCUGAGGGAAAUCAGCCGAGAGAGACAUGGCAGAAGGAAUCAGCUGGUAGAUUUACUUAUUUGAAGAUUCAUAUCCUGGUUUUCUGUCCAAUUCAGACAGAAAGUGAUCUGUUCUCCCUUCCCCCUCGCUACAGAUAACGCGACUGGGACCUCCCUCAGCAUAGAGGACUCCCAAGACGAAGGCAUUUUGUUGGAAGAGCCACUCGAGGCACAACCAGGAGGAUCCCAAGAGGGCAUUUCUUUUGUGGCUGAAGCUGCAGAGAGUGAGUGUCCGCUACGAGCCAGGAUGGGGCCCCUCUGCCUUCCCACCAGAUGCUGUUUGACUGUGGCCACAUCUGUACCAGACAACCAAAGUGGUCUUAUCCCGUUUUAAACAAGCCAUGUUUCUUUUCUCUUUUUGAAAUAAUUUUUAUUUGGUUUAAAAAAAUAGAAACUUACAACAAAAUCAAUUAAAAGUCCAUAUAAAGAGAUUGCCCCAAAUCUCAAGAUUUUCCCCCACCAUCCCUUCCAUGGGUCCUAAUGUCAAUAUUUACAACUGCAUAUCAAUCCAUUAUCCACUUUUUUUUAUCCAUCCAAAUUGCCCAUAGUCUUUGUUACCUUACAAGUGAGGUUAAAAUCCUGCUAAUGUUUUCAUCUUCUUACAAUGGUCUCCUGAAUAAUAAUAAUAAUAAUAAUAAUUUAUUAUUUGUACCCUGCCCAUCUGGCUGGAUUUCCCCAGCCACUCUGGGCAGCUUCCAUAGAAACAAAAAAUACAGUAAAAUAUCACAGAUUAAAAGCUUCCCUGAACAGGGCUGCCUUAAGAUGUCUUCUGAAUGUCAGGUAGUUAUUCAUCGCUUUGACAUCUGAUGGGAGGGCGUUCCGCAGGGCGGGCGCCACCACCAAGAAGGCCCUCUGCCUGGUUCCCUGUAGCCUCACUUCUCGCAAUGAGGGAACCGCCAGAAGGCCCUCGGAGCUGGACCUCAGCGUCCAGGCAGAACGAUGGGGGUGGAGACGCUUAUAAAUUAUAAUUUCCCCCCAUUCUUUUUCUAAAGUUCUUGUCCUCUUGGUUCCUAAAGCUUUCCAGUUAAUUUUGGCAUUUCAGCGUAGUCCAUCAACUUGGUUUGCCAUUCUUCCCUGUUUGGGAUUGUUUCUUCUUUCCCUCUCAGAAGCCAUGUUCGUUGAGGGGUGCUGAUAGUUAUUAAGAAGCACAGCCCUUCUCUUCCCAGAGAUACAAUUCCCUGAGUUCGAUAGGAAGAGGGAUUGACUGUUAAGCCAUGCUGGGAGUGGGGGUUCUGAGAGGGGAGCAGGGCCCUCCCCACAGUUCUUAGUAAACCACACUUCCCAAGAUUUUUUGGGAGAGGACAUGAUGGUUUCUACACAAACUCUCACCCACCGCCUCCGGCCUUCAUCCAGGCAAUCAGGUGGUAACACCAGAGUUCAAGGAGGGUGCAAGGUAGGGUUGGUCAGGGGUGUUGCCUGUGAGGUAACUGGGGGGGGGGGCUUGGGAGGGGCAUUUGGCACCAAGGCAUGAGGCACCCAUUGUUGGAUUAGGGUAGCGAUGACAUGGAGCUGCCCCCGUCUGACCCCAGGUGUGUUUUGGUGGUUAGAAUGGCAGGCUGGGACCUGUGACUCCGGAGUCCAAAUCCACACUCGGCCAGGAAGCUCACUGGGGUGACUUUGGGCCAGUCACUUUCUCUUGGCCUAAUUUACCUCGCAGAGUUGUUGUGGGAUAAAGUAGAGGUGGGGGGGGGCAGGUAUAACACUUGAAACACCUUGGAGGAAAGGAAAGGAUAUAAAUUUAAUAACAAUACAGUGGUACCUCUGGAUGCGAACGGGAACCAUUCCGGAGCCCCGUUCGCAUCCUGAGUAGAACAUAAUACGCGACUGAGCGUGCGCGGGUCGUGUUUUGCCGCUUCCGCGUUCACGUGAUGUCAUUUUGAGCGUCCGUGCAACGGAACCCGGAAGUAACACAUUACAUUACUUCUGGGGUGCCGUGGAGCAUAACCUGAAGCAUAUUUAACCCAAGGUAUGACUACAGUGGUACCUUGGGUUAAGUACUUAAUUCGUUCUGGAGGUCCGUUCUUGACCUGAAACUGUUCUUAACCUGAAGCACCACUUUAGCUAAUGGGGCCUCCUGCUGCUGCUGCCAUGCCGCCGGAGCAUGAUUUCUGUUCUCAUCCUGAAGCAGAGUUCUUAACCUGAGGUACUGUUUCUGGGUUAGCGGAGUCUGUAACCUGAAGCGUCUGUAACCUGAGGUACCACUGUAGUCAGUUGAGGAACACAGGAAGCUGUCUUAUACCAAGUCAGAUCCUUGGUCCACCCAGCUCAGUAUUGUCUUCCCUGACUGGCAGCAGCUCUCCAGGGUUUCAAACCUGGAUGGCCAUCUGUCAUGGAUGUUUAAGCUGAGAUUUCUGCAUUGCAGGGGGUUGGACUGGAUGACCCUUGGGGUCCCAACCAGAGCUGUCAACGUUUCCCUUUUUUAAAGGGAAAUUCCCUUAUUCUGAAUAGGAUUCUUCGCAAGAAAAGGGAAAAGUUGACAGCUAUGGUCCCAACUUUACAGUUCUAUGAUUCUGUAAGUGGGAGUCUCUCCCAGCCCUGCACAGAGAUGUCAGGAUUUGAGCUUGGGACUUUCUGCAUGCAAAGCAAGUCUACCACCGAUCUGUGGUAUCUUCCUUUUUUUAUUAUUAUAAUUUUUAUUAAAUUUCUUUUUUACAUUUUAGAAUAUUCACUUAAACAACCUUAAAACAUCAGUGACUUCCGUUCCUCUCUUUCCAUGAUUCAUAUUGCACAACAUAAAUCCCUGUGUAUUUUAUAUAAACUAAACCAUUCAGUAUUCCAUUAUAACAUCCACCCAAACUUAUUUACACUGUUGAAUUUAUCUUCAUGCUGUCCACAUUUUCAGAUAUACACAAUUUUCCUCCGUAUAUUCAAUAAACAUUUUCCAAUCAUCUUUAAAUGUAUGUUCUUGUUCUCUUCUAUAUGUUAGGUCCACAAGCUGCGCAUGUUCCAUCAGUUUCAGUUGGCAUUCUUCUUUAGUUGGGACUUUGCUUGUUUUCUAUUUUGGGGCUAACAGAACACAAGCCGCAGUAGUGGCAUAAAUAAAUAACCUUCCCAGGUGUCAAAAAGGUUGUGGUCUCUUCCCUUAAAGAUGCCAAAGGGAUCUACAGGCAAAAGAACCAUUUUUCAGCUCUUUGUUCUUCGCAGAAAUAGACUUGGUGCGAUUUCACAGAGUUUGAAUCUUUUAUAUUUCCUUCACUUUUGUAUUGAUCUCUCUCUCUCCCUCUCUACUAGGUGAUGGCUGGGAGAGCGAGAGUGAAUGGGAACCAUACGGAGUGUUGUCAGACGAUACAGAGGAUGAAGAUAAUGUUGGAGAUCGAGGAGGACUAGAGCAAAACGGGGACGACCAAACAGAAGAAGACUGGCGGGAUAAACCCAAUUGCCAGGGCAGCGACUUCAACGGGUUGCCAGCUCCGGCGAAAGUUUACAAAGGCAAAAGAAAAAACCAGUGCAAGGUUUGCGGGAAGAGCUUCACGCGCAAGGCGAGCCUUAAGGUGCAUCAGAGAAUCCACACGGGGGAGAAGCCCUACAAGUGCACAGUCUGCAGCAAAGGCUUUUGCGACAAAACCAGCUUUCUUAGACAUCAGAGAAUCCACACGGGCGAGAAGCCGUACAAAUGCCCCGAGUGCGGGAAGAGCUUUAACCGGACCACAAAUCUCAUUACGCAUCAAAAGACGCACGUGGAGACCAGGGAGAAGACAUUCCACUGCUCGAGCUGCAGCAAGAGCUUUUACAACAAGUACAGUCUCAAGACUCACUGGCGCAGCCACACGGGGGAAAAGCCCUACAAGUGCUCCAGCUGCAGCAAGAGUUUCUGCGACAAGUCAAACCUGGAGGCCCACUGGCGGGUGCACACGGGCGAGAGGCCCUUUGAGUGCACGGAAUGCGGGAAGAGCUUCAGCGACCGCAGGACCCUCCUCCGACAUCAGAGAAUCCACACCGGGGAGAAGCCCUACAAAUGCACGGAAUGCGGGAAGAGCUUCAACGACCUGGCCACGCUGCUCCGCCACCAGAAGAUCCACACGGGUGAGAAGCCCUAUCGGUGCACCGAGUGCGGGAAGAGCUUCAACCAGAGCUCUCACCUCAUCCGCCACCAGAACACGCACGACGCCCAGCGCCACAAAGGCCGGUCGCGCAAGGCCAAGGCUGCGGUCGGAGCCAAUAUCUUUUUGGACAUCACUCAGAGCUUCACUCCAGAGAGCAUCGGCUUCACGCAAGAGAACUAUUACGGAUAUGCUCACCCUGCGGAAACGUUUCACUGGCCCAUUACGUCUUACGCACCCUCGGCGGAGGCCGGAGAAGGUGGGGUACCCAACCUGUGGACAAUCGAGGAGACUUCCGUCGGAGAUCAAGCCAUCCUAGUCAUGAAAGAGUUAACCGAGGACAGGACCUUGACGCUGUGA